AUGGAAGAAGCUUUUGGGGGUGAUGGAAAAUGUGGAAAUUACAAGGCCUCUGGAUUCUUUGCACCUAAAGGAAAAGCCAAGUAUCCCAUGGUCAAUUCUACGUCACACUUGGAAUUUAUCAACUCUGUCAUCCUCUUUCUGAGGAACCAUGACUUUAAUGGGCUUCAUAUAAGCUGGAUCUACCCAGAUCUGAAAGACGACACUCAUUUCACUGUGCUGACUCAUGAGUUAGCAGAAGCCUUUCAGCAGGAUUUUGUAAAAUCCACCAUAGAAAGGCUUCUCUUGACUGCAGGAGUUUCUGCAGGGAGGCAGAUGAUUGAUAAUAGCUAUCAGAUCAAGAAAUUGGUGAAGGAGAUCCUCACUCUGAAUUGGGAGAGGGGCUGCCAGUUCCUGCAAGGAGCCAAGAUCACGAGGCCCCAGGAUUAGCAGGUCCCCUGUGCAGUCAAGGGGAACCAGUGGGUGGGCUAUGAUGAUGUGGAGAGUGGGGAGACCAAGGUUCAAUGCCUAAAGGAUCUAAACUGGGGAGGGGCCAUGAUGUGGUCUAUUGACAUAGAUGACUUCACUGACGAAUUCUGCAACCAGGGCCCUUACACCCUUAUUCAAGGUGUCAAGAGAAGCCUUGGCUCCCUGUGA